CCACUGUGUGAUCCGGCCCGGCGUUAGGAGUUGGAGAAGUAGCGGAUUUAAAAACUUUGUGCCUCCAAGUCUGUGUUCGCUGAAAUAACACAAGCUGAAGACUCCCUGGAUCCUAAAGGGACAAUGGCAUUUUAAUUUGAGACUGUAUCAGCUCCAGGUUCCGCGUGCUUCACCUCUGCAGCGACUUUAACAACUGUGUGAGCAGAACACAGCAGUAUGGGGUCUUCAGUUGUUUCCGAAACUCAUUUGUCGACGCAGUGCACGAUUUGUGCUUUUGAACAAUUUGAUCGAAGCAGACGGCAUAAUGGCGGCAUUGAUCCUUCGCAAAAUUCCUCCCAUUUCCACGGGCGAGCGCGGCGCUCCCCUUCUCCAACAGGCUAACGCUAACCAAUCACGGGCCGGGGUGGGGGCGGAGCCAGCGGAGCGGCAGCACUUAAUUGGUGAUGGUCACUCAGAUUGGAUGACGGAAAAAGUUGAUUUGUCUUCGUUUGUGUCAACGACCGAGUCUUCUCCGAGCUCAUCGCUUCCUCCGUCUCCGUUAGAACACGAUGUCAAGGUGCCCUCAGACCUGGAGGUCAUGACCUCACUGCUGCAGGAAGAGCUGGCUCAGCUGGAGGACUACUUCCGCUCCGAGUCCACAGCCACAACCAACAAGUUGGACAAAUCCUCAAAAUGUGACAAGGGUGCUCCAGCCAUGGGCUCCCAAUCUUAUUAUCAGUUACCUUAUGGCUCAUAUGGGACCAGCCAAUCAGAACCCAGCCCUGUAGUUGUUACCUUGGCAACAGGGGAACUGGACCUGGCCAGCUUUUGUGGCGGUCCCAUCAGCAGAACCAAAAUCGCCCGACCUGCGCCAUACAACUACCACCACCGCUACCACCACAACAACGGGCGGAGAAUCAUCAGUGAGACUGUGAAAGUGGACGAAGUGGGACUGGACUCGUGGGGCUCCAGAGGCAGUUACUCAGGAAGCACGGAGCUGUCCGUCAACCACUACUCCACGCUCAAGACGGUCAGUAAGAACAGCUUCGGCAGCGUCAAGAAGGUGAGAGAAUGUGCUUUAUCGCUGAAGGAGGAGGAGAGCUACUGCUUCUCAGAGGGAAUGUUUUGCAGCGAGGAAAUCGCGAGAGGGUUUUUUGGUGGUUCGUACGACAGCCACCACAAACGAGAGGGACAGUUGAUGCACAAUUUGAAGGUUAAUGUAAGUUACGACAGCACAGGCUUGGAAGUCUUGCAUUGCAGCAAAGAUGGAGGACUUUCUGGAGGUAUCCCCCAAGAGACAAUGAUGCCCGGUGACAGCUACUUCCAACAGUCCAUGGGCAGCACUGAGCCUUACCAUAGCUUUAUAGGCGACCUGGACGCGCCCACACAAGCACAGGCUGUAGAGCCCCAACACGGCCACUACCUCUACCCAGAAUGCCUUGCAGACCAAAGCUACGAAUGUCUGUCCAGAGUGGAGAGCGAGGGGCCGCUGCUGGGGGCUCCGAUCCAUCGCCCCACCCAGAGGCUAAAGGAUGAGCCCUGCCACAUUAAACCCUCUCUGGGGAUGGGUGGUUCUGGCAUGGAGCCUGGCUGUGGGGAGAGGAAGCAAAAGAAGAGAGAUCAGAACAAAACUGCUGCUCACAGGUACAGGCUGCGAAAGAGGGCGGAGCUAGACUCUCUGGAGGAGGAGCUUCACGGACUUGAAGGACAGAACCGCGAGCUGCGUGACAAGGCAGAGUCGGUGGAGCGAGAAAUCCAGUACGUCAAAGAUUUACUCAUCGAGGUGUAUAAGGCUCGCAGUCAGCGGCUUAAGCAGGACGGCACCGUCUAAACUGCAGCCCGACACCUCCGCCCGUCCAGAAGAGGGAAAAAAAUCUACCAACUGGUCUCACACACAAACGAAGUGGUAGUUGCAUGAUUUUGGUAGUUCUUUUCAAAAUAAAACACACAAAAGAGGAUGACCAAAACACCAAUUUCCUACAAAAACUGAGAAGUUUGAAAAGGGAUGAACAUUUUCCGCGCCCCGGUGAAGUGGCUUUGAAGGAGGAGCUGAACUUGUCCGUGACCACUGUGAUCCGAACUGCACUCACAGCCUUGUGAAAGACGCUUGCGAUGAUCGUUUACAAACGCUCUUUGAAAUAGUAGUAGUCAUUGAAUUUGCUUGUGGUUUUUGUGACACAUCGGCAGCAUCGAAGCAGAUCCAUAUUAAAUAUAUAUUUUAUUUUCUAUUUUAUUUUUGCUUAACAAUAAUAUUAAUGUUCAUUUAUCAUUUGCUUAAAACAAUCCGUUGAAUAAAGGGAUUGCUGGAAAGUGCGACAUGCUCUUCAAAUAUUCAUUAUCAGAGACAUUUUGAAAUUUGUAUUGCUAAAAUGUAUUUACACUUCUUUACCCCACUGCGAUGCAUGUUUGAUUUUGGAAAAGCAUGUGUGAAUGUUAUUUGAAGGCAAUAUUUUGUUAAUGCAUGGCUUCAAAAUCCACUGAUUUGUCCCUUCUCAUCGGCGGAGGACUCUCCCUGCGCCGUCUCGCCAGUGCGACCCAUGCUCAGGUUAAGUUUUGGUCUUUACAAACAUCCACUGGCUGUUUUGUUUCCCUUUUCCCUUCCUUUUCUGUUGCUCUCUAUUGGCUGUAUUUGCGGACAAACAAUCACCUGUUGACGCAACAAUAAACCGUUGUUGGGUACGACUUUUGGGACUUUUCCUUUCGAUUCAUUUUUUUUCUUAAAUUUGUUGAAAAUCCAGGUUAUUUUAAUGAUCGAUGUUGAUAUCAGGAGGUUUUCAUCAUCAGGUAAAUUGCAGCCAAAUAAACCACUGUCAUUCUUAUCCUCCGCCUUGGUCCUGUCUUUCACGCAUGUUUUCAUUCAUUCAAACGCUUUGCUCUCCUGAUUACAUAAACUGAGACGUGCCCCUUUGCCCCUCCCACAAAACCUGCCCCUGCCCCCAAACCGAAACAGUCCAGCCCUUAUUUUUUGGCUGCAAUGCAGUCUCAAACGUCCAAGUGCUUUACCACAUCCACCACUAGGAGGAAGCACAUGAAGGGAAAGUGUGAUUGACGUUUGUGCUCCAAAACAAGCAGAGUGGUGUCAGAUUUAAGCACUGUAGUAUGAUUGGAGCGAACACUGAAGAAAACACAAAUCGCUCUUUGUUUAUUUGGGCUGUUUGGGUGAUUUGUGUCUGAUAGAUCCCUGGGGUGCAGCCGAGCGGUAUCCAGCUCCAACAACAAUCAACACAAACAUGGGCUGGUUGCCUAUCUCAACCCCCAGCCUGCUCUGGGCGUGUGUUUGACUGUGUGAAAUCUCUUGGUAUCUCUCCUAGCAGUCUUAAGGCCUUUCAAGCGCAUGAGGCAAUAUCACACAAUCCUUGCAGAGGGAGGAGAGAGAUGCAAGCGAACGAUCAGAAUAAAAUAGUACGAGGUUGACAGAAAAGGCCAUUACAAGUAUCGAUUUGUUCUUACUUGUGUUUACUGUUGCUCGAUUCAGACGCACUGUAAUAACGCACCUGUCCUGCCACCACAGGGGCCACUGGAACCUGAUGGUCCUAAGUGUACAAUAAAAAUAAUUUUAUUCAAUU